ACUGCCACGGAGAAGCACACCUUUUUGGCAGGGAAAGAAGAAGAUAGACUUCAUGCCUCAGCCCAGGCUUACCCGAAAUUCCAGUAUCAGAAACCAAGUAGAGGAUGUCCUCAAUGUUCACCGCAAUGAACUCGUUUCUUUAUUCUCCAGGUAUCUGGGACAAGGGAAAGGUAUCUUGCAACCCCAUAACUUGAUUGAUGAGCUUGAAAACAUUAUUAGAGAAGACCAAGCAUCGCCGGAGCUGAAAGAUAGCCAGUUUUGUGAAAUCCUCAAGUCCGCACAGGAUGCAAUAGUUUCGCCUCCUUUUGUGGCAAUAGCAGUUCGUCCAAGACCUGGUGUUUGGGAAUAUGUCCGUGUUAAUGUUUUCGAACUCAGCGUUGAGCAACUGACCGUUUCCGAAUAUCUUCGCUUCAAGGAAGAUCUUGCAGAUGAAAGGAUUAAUAACCAUAUUGUAUUGGAGCUUGAUUUUGAGCCUUUCAAUGCAACAUUUCCCCGUCCGACCCGCUCUUCAUCCAUUGGCAAUGGUGUUCAGUUCCUCAACCGUCACCUUUCUUCUAUAAUGUUUCACAACAGAGAUUCUAUGGAGCCACUUCUUAAUUUCCUCCGAGCUCACACGUACAAAGGGCAUGCACUUAUGUUAAACGACCGUAUUCAAAACAUAGCCAAACUCCAGUCAGCCUUGUCCAAGGCUGAAGAUUACCUUUCUAAGUUUGCUCUUGAUACGCACUAUUCUGAGUUCGAAUAUGUAUUGCAAGGAAUGGGUUUUGAGAAAGGUUGGGGUGAUACUGCUAAACGAGUAUCCGAGAUGAUGCAUCUGCUCUCAGACAUUCUUCAAGCACCUGAUCCUUCUACACUCGAGACUUUUCUUGGGAGAGUGCCUAUGGUGUUUAACGUUGUUAUAUUAUCUCCUCAUGGCUACUUUGGGCAAGCCAAUGUCUUGGGUUUACCUGACACUGGUGGCCAGGUUGUUUAUAUUCUGGAUCAAGUGCGUGCUCUUGAGAAUGAGAUGCUUCUUAGAAUCCAGAAGCAAGGACUGGAUGUCACUCCUAGAAUUCUGAUUGUUACCAGAUUGAUACCUGAUGCAAAAGGCACAACAUGCAACCAGCGGCUAGAAAGAGUUUGUGGUACUGAACAUACUCAUAUUUUGCGAGUCCCUUUCAGAUCAGAGAAUGGAAUUCUCCGUAAAUGGAUUUCAAGGUUUGAUGUUUGGCCUUAUCUGGAGACUUUUGCAGAGGAUGUUGCCAGUGAAAUUGUUGCUGAGUUACAGGGCCAACCUGAUUUCAUCAUCGGAAAUUAUAGCGACGGGAAUCUCGUUGCCUCUCUACUAGCUUACAAGAUGGGAGUUGCUCAGUGUACGAUUGCACAUGCACUGGAGAAGACAAAAUAUCCAGAUUCAGGUAUAUAUUGGAAGAAUUUUGAGGAGAAGUACCAUUUUUCAUGCCAAUUCACUGCAGACUUAAUAGCCAUGAAUAAUGCUGAUUUUAUCAUCACCAGUACAUACCAGGAGAUUGCAGGGACGAAGAAUACCGUUGGCCAAUAUGAGAGCCACACUGCAUUUACCCUUCCCGGACUCUACAGGGUUGUCCACGGCAUUGAUGUUUUUGAUCCCAAAUUCAAUAUUGUCUCUCCUGGAGCGGAUAUGAGCAUAUACUUCCCCUAUUCUGAAAAGCAGAACAGACUUACAGCCCUGCACGGUUCCAUCGAAAAAAUGUUAUAUGAUCCCGAGAAUACUGAUGAAUGCAUUGGUAUACUGAAAGAUAGGACAAAGCCCAUACUUUUCUCCAUGGCAAGGCUAGAUCGAGUGAAAAACAUGACUGGUUUGGUAGAGGCAUUUGGUAAGAGCAGCAAAUUGAGGGAACAGGUCAACCUCGUUGUGGUAGCUGGCUUUAUUGAUGUAAAGAAGUCAAGCGACAGGGAAGAAAUCGCAGAAAUCCAGAAGAUGCAUGAUCUCAUCAAACAAUAUAAAUUAUAUGGUGAUUUCCGGUGGAUAGCUGCCCAGACAAAUAGAGCGCGCAAUGGUGAGUUGUAUCGCUAUGUAGCGGACACAGGAGGUGCCUUUGUUCAGCCUGCUUUCUAUGAAGCUUUUGGACUUACAGUAGUGGAGUCAAUGACUUGUGGGUUGCCCACUUUUGCUACUUGCCAUGGCGGUCCUGCUGAGAUCAUCGAGCAUGGCAUAUCAGGAUUCCAUAUUGAUCCUUACCACCCCGACCAAGCUUCCGAGUUGUUAGUUGAUUUCUUCCAACGAUGCAAGGCCGACCCAAGCCAUUGGAAUAAAAUAUCCGACGGUGGACUUCAGAGAAUUUAUGCAAGGUAUACGUGGAAGAUCUAUUCCGAAAGGCUUAUGACAUUGGCCGGAGUUUAUAGUUUCUGGAAGUACGUGUCCAAGCUGGAGAGGCGCGAGACUCGAAGAUAUUUGGAGAUGUUCUACAUCCUCAAGUUUCGCGAUCUGGCAAGAUCUGUUCCUAUGGCAAAGGAUGAUGCUAAUUAACGAGGUGAAGAAGUCAUCAGCCGCUGACUACAGAGAAUGAUGGUCUUGAGGGAAACAAAGUUGUUUGGUUUGAAUGUCUAAAACGCUGAGUAUCGGUUUAUCAGAUUGUAGUUUUUUUUUUCUUUUAACCUCCGGUUGUGUGGCAGUAGUUGGCCAAUAAUAUCUUACUGUUAUGAAUAUUAAAAAAGCAGUGAA